UAUUUUUUUAUUACUCUUUUGAAAGUUGUAUCUGUUAACUGUGGAAGGAAAAUGGCAAGAACGAAGCAAACCGCUCGUAAGUCUACUGGUGGCAAAGCUCCCCGUAAACAGUUGGCCACCAAGGCAGCGCGUAAGAGCGCACCUGCUACCGGCGGUGUUAAGAAGCCUCACCGUUAUAGGCCCGGUACAGUCGCCCUUCGAGAGAUUCGCCGCUACCAGAAAUCUACCGAGCUCCUAAUCCGCAAACUGCCUUUCCAGAGGCUGGUGAGAGAAAUCGCCCAGGACUUCAAGACCGACCUCCGUUUCCAGAGCUCCGCUGUUAUGGCUCUGCAGGAGUCUAGUGAGGCUUACUUGGUUGGGCUGUUCGAAGACACCAACUUGUGUGCCAUUCACGCAAAGAGAGUCACCAUAAUGCCCAAGGAUAUCCAGCUGGCUCGCCGUAUUCGUGGGGAACGCGCAUAAAUUCUUCAGACCAUCUUGAAAAACAAAAGGCUCUUUU